UGAAUUAGGUAUAACUCUGUCCCGGUAGCAACUAAGUAAAUAGUUAGAUCGAGGCCGCCCUGUACAGGCUGCGCAUUGCUGUUUAUUAUAGGUGGAUUUCCUUGCUGCCACACGAUCCCUGGAUGGUUAUGCGCAACAUUGAACUUGGAUAGAAUAAAGUGGACUCUGAUCUUCAUGCUUUUCCUCCGAGACUGUUUAUUUCCCCCACCCCCGGUCAGGUGGAGCUGGGGCUGUCAUACUGAGUGACUGGAGCUCAAUCACCUUCAUAUUCUGUAUUGUGUUCUGCUGCUACAUUCUAAACCUGGGUAAAUCCACCUCUCAGAAUUCCACUGGGCAAAUCCACCUCUCGGAACUCCACUGGGCAAAUCCACCUCUCAGAACUCCACUGGGAAAAUCCACCUCUCGGAACUCCACUGGGCUGAAGUAUGUCAGACAGUUGGUGGAAUACAGCUGAAUUUCGUUAGUAUUUUAGUGGCUUCGUUUUUCUUUUAAAUGUCUUUUCGAGGAUGAGCAGGGGUUGCUAUGGAGGCAGAAAGUGAGGUGGAAUUUUCUAACAGUGAUGUCAAGUUCAUUCCAUUGUGGAGGAGAUCGACUCUCCAUCCUCCCCAAGGAGAGGGACUGUAUUAUAGUCGCAGCUCCAGACCAAGACCACAGUCUUACCAGAGUCCGAGUGGAUUGUUAGUUACAGACUUCCCAGUGGAAGACAGAAACUCUUUUACAUUGACCCAGCCUGCAGAGAGGAUUACAAGUUCUCCUGAAGGCAAACUUUUUCAGCACUCUCCCAAUGGAAGACUACCACAAUCCACAUCAUUAUCAUCUCUGGAAUAUAAAAAUGUGGCCGCAAUUCAGAGACGCCCAUCUCAGAUUUUAAAGGUGGUUUCAAAUAACUCCAUUAGUUUUACAGCCAAUGGAAACUUGACCUCGCUAAACCAGAAAUCCAUGGUUUCAAGCCGGAUACCAAGCAAUGUUACUUUAACACCUGAUAAAGAACAGAUUGUUUUUGGAUCACAAACUUAUUAUCCAUCUAAUGGAAUGGUAACAUCUAGUAACAGUAGUCAACCUCUACCCAAACAGGACACGGAUUACUUGCAUUCAGACCCUGCGCCCCUUUCGCCAAAGUCUCCUUUGGAUGAAAAACAACCUCUUCAGAGAAUCCCGUCUAAUUUAGGUUCCCCACUGGAAAAGCAGUCCAUAGUGUUGAGUACAAAUAGUGCUGCUGCAUUGAAAGUGGGUGCACAGCAAAUCAUACCCAAAGGAUUAGCUUCGGAAAUAAAAGUGACCAACAAAUCCGGUGGCACCCAAAGUAGUCAAAAUAUGGAGUCUACUAGAAGGUUGCUGAAGACCCGCAGUAUGGUGGAGACCAGCACCGUGCCGUUAGUGGUAGCUCCAGAUGGUGAAGAAGCAGAACCUGAGGCAGACAGUCCAGGAGCACUGCGGAGGGGUCUUCGAUCCACCUCUUAUCGUAGGGCAGUAGUGAGUGGAAUUGACGUCACUAGUCCAACUGACCGAAAAAAGAAUAACAGAAUGUCUCAGCCAAUUCUCAAAGCAGUUGCUGAGGACAAAGAGAGAUUUUCUAGUUUGGGAAGGAUAAAGAAAAUCUUACGAGGACAAGGAACAUUUGACAGUGAAGAAAAUGCUGUACUGUACCAAAAUUACAAGGAAAAAGCUCUGGAAAUUGAUUCUGAUGAGGAUGCAGAUUCCAAAGAACAUAAAGAAGACCGGAUAAUCAUAGAAUAUAAACCCUUAAGGUCAACGUGGAGUCAGCUUUCAGUGGUCAGGAAGAAUGGCCUGUCACAGAGCAUCACCCAAGAGGAAAGAAAAAGACAAGAGGCAAUGUUUGAAGUCAUAUCUUCUGAGCAUUCGUAUCUACUCAGCCUGGAAAUUUUAAUCCGGAUGUUUAAGAAUUCCAAGCAACUGUCUUCCACGAUGACUAAAACGGAAAACCAUCAUCUCUUCUCCAACAUUACUGAUGUGUGUGAGGCAAGCAAAAAAUUCUUUAAGGAACUUGAAGGAAGACAUCAAAAAAACAUUUUUAUUGAAGACAUUAGCGAUAUUGUCGAGAAGCAUGCAAAGUCAACAUUUGAUCCUUAUGUAAAAUAUUGCACUAAUGAAGUCUAUCAGCAAAGGACACUCCAGAAAUUAAUCUCCACCAAUGCGUCUUUUAAGGAAGCUCUCGGUAAAAUUGAAUCUCACGAAGACUGCAGAAACCUUCCAAUGAUCUCAUUCCUCAUCCUACCUAUGCAGAGAGUUACUCGACUUCCUCUGCUCAUGGAUACAAUCUGCCAAAAAACACCCAAAGAAUCUGCAAGGUAUGAGGCAUGCAAGCGAGCACUGAAGGAAGUUAGCAAGUUAGUCCGUCUGUGCAAUGAAGGAGCGCGGAAGAUGGAAAGGAUGGAGAUGAUGGUCACAAUUAAUUCUCAACUGGAAUUUAAAAUUAAGCCAUUUCCUUUGGUGUCCUCAUCCCGGUGGCUAUUGAAAAGGGGUGAACUCACAGCCUAUGUAGAGGACAAUGGGAUUUUUUCAAAGAGAACCACCAAGCAGCAGGUCUACUUCUUCCUCUUUAAUGAUGUGCUCAUUAUUACAAAGAAGAAAAGUGAGGAGAGCUACAAUGUUAUUGACUAUUCUUUACUAGACCAUCUUGCCGUAGAACAAUAUGACAAUGAAGAGCCAUCAUCUCCACUGAAAAACAGCACUCCAAUACUUUAUUCACGGCAAACAUCAGCAAACCACCUUUUCACGUUAAAUAUUCGGUGCAACUAUGCAACAGAGGAAGUAGAAAUGUUACUUGGUACUGAGACCCUGAGUGACCGAGCGCGCUGGAUCACAGCAUUGGGGCAAAGCAAGGACAAACCAUACACAGACAGAAUGACUUUAACACAAGUGGAAAUUAUAAGAACCUACACUGCAAAACAGCCAGAUGAACUCUCGUUACAAGUUGCUGAUGUUGUUCUUGUGUAUCAGAAGAUUAAUGACGGAUGGUAUGAAGGCGAGAGACUGCGAGAUGGGCAGAGAGGAUGGUUCCUUGUGGAGUGUGCAAAGGAAAUAACUUGUCGAGCCACUAUAGAAAAGAAUAUGGAACGCAUGGGACGCUUGCUGGCACUAGAAACUAAUGUGUAGACAAGGUUUCUCCGCUGAAGGAUUUGCACUACAGUAGCAGCACUGAUUGUGGGAGAGCAGAAAGAGACUAUGACAUAUAUCAAGAUAAGUUCACCUACAAGGAACUUUGUCUUCUAUGAGACCUCAAGCCAUUUCCUACCCAUAAAGAGCUGGAACACAACAAAAUCAUUGCUUAACCGUCCUGUUGUUGUUUUGUUUUUGCUUAGCUUUUUAUACAAGGAAUUCACAAGGGAAACAGAAGUUGUUUUGAGGACUAGUAAGCGCACAGACAGACAUGAAAUAACAAUUGUUUGUUUUAGGCUAUACCAAUUUAAAUGAAGUUAGUUCACCUACUUUAUGAAAAUGUCUGGGAUUGUGUUUUAUAACAUCUCCUUCUCAAAGCUCUGUUCUGCUUGGCGUUGCCACAAAUUUAGGUAAGAGAGAAAUGAAUUCUAAUUUAUUUAGAAUUACUAAAACACAAGCAGUAAUCAUUCCAACUGUGUUCUGCACCUAGGGAAGCACUCUUUAGCAUAAAAUAGGAUUUCGAAGCGUAUUAGCUUUGGAGACUGAAUGCUUGACUUUUAAGCAGCUUUUGAACUUUGAAUGAACUGUAAAGGCUGCAAAAAUUAUUGGCCUCUUAAAGAAAACUUUUGUGAUAGGGAGUUUUGGGAUUUUUAUUUUUUUCCCUAUCAAAUAAGGAUUCUGCUAACAUAAACACUACAUGCCGGAGACUGCCUGAAAUAACCCGGCUUUUCAUAUUUUUGAAGGCCAGGAGUAAAGUCAAGAGUGUAUGGUGCAUUGAAAACAAAGGGUAGUUUUAUGACAGAUAUAUUGAUUUGUUUUGUUAUAAUACAAUACAAAUGAUAGAAAAGUGACUUUUUAAAUUUAUAAAUAAGGCCUCAAUAAUGUUAAGGAUACUAAUGUAAGGAAUAAAAAGUAGCAACAUUUAUCAAAAUAGCAAAGUCUGGAAAAUUCUCAAACUUGGCUAAAUUAACAAUUUAAGCUAUUUUGAUUUAAAAUUUGCAAUCUGUGUUCCAACCACCAGAAUUUAGUGUUGAGUAUAAAAACCCUGAUGUCAUAACUAUUGAAUUCUGGCACCAAAAUAAUCAAUGGGGGGAAAAAAGUAACUGGGUUUGUUAACUAAUCGGCAAAUUGUGAUGAAAUUUAGUUGUAAGAAUUAGGCUGAAAUGACUGUAUUGAAA